AUGGGUACACACCUACAACGGGUGCUGGUGUUCACGUUGACCUUCAUCUCGUACGCCUUGUAUCAUGCGUCGAGGAAGAAUCUGAGUGGAGUUAAGGCGUCGGUAGCACACGAAUGGCUGGAUAAUUCGACACAUGAGGUAUAUUAUAGUGUAUCUCAUAUAUAUGAUAUGAUAUAGAAUAUGAUAGACAAUGGGUGCUUUUUCGGCUUGGGCUUGGUAGGCUCAGGUUUACUAAGGAUAGGCUUAUGAUUAGUAGGUAUAGGCUUUUUAGGCCUAUGCUUGGUAGGUUUAGGUUUAGUAGGGGUAGGCUUAGGCUUACUAGGGGUAGGUUUAGGCAUAGGCUUAGUAGGUUUAGACUUAGUAGGCUUAGGCUUAGUAGGUUUAGGCUUAGUAGGCUUAGGCUUAGUAGGCUUAGGUAGUAGGCUUAGGCUUAGUAGGCUGUGUCUUAGUAGGCUUAGUACUGUUAGACCGAGACGUAGGCUUAAUGUUAGGCUUAGCAGGCUUAAAAAAAGUACUUUCCGUAGAUUAUUAUUGCUUAUUUUACAGUAGCUAAAAAAGUAUUGCCUCGCAGUAAAACAAAGCCAGAUCCCAGCACUCGCAGUCAUUUGUUGGGUCGUUUUACAUCGAGGCAAAUAUUAUAUAAAAGUACAAUAUUACAUAAGAAAACGUUGCGUAAUACCAUUUCUUGCAAUUUCUCUAAGGCUAUCUUAAUAUGUAAUAGAAUUGAUAUUAGGUAAUGCCACACAAUUUCUGACGGAACACUUUGUUUAGAAAAUGAUGCGAUAUAGGUGUAGGUAGCUUAGCAGAAUAGGGGCAAAAUAGUUUGGGUGUGAUGUUUUAGUUAUAAUGUUGGUAGACUUGGGUUUGGUAUUCUUAGGCUUAAUAUGCAUGGACUUAGGGGCUUAGGAUUAGUGAACUUGGGCCUACUAGGCUUAAGCUUAAAAGGCUUAGGCUUAGCAGGUUUAGGCUGAUUAGGCUUAGUAGGCUUAGGUUAGUAGGCUUAGGCUUAGUAGUCUUAGGCUUGUUGGCGUAGGCUUAGGCUGAAUAGGCUUAGGCUUACUAGGCUUAAGGUCACUAGGCUUAGGCUGAAGAGACUUAGGCUUUGUAGGCUUAAGAAGUUUAGGGUUAAUUCACAUAGGUUUGGCAGGCUUAUGCUUAUUAAGCCUAGGUUUAGUAGGUUGAGGCUUAGUAGGAUUAGGCUUAUUAGGCUUAAGAAGUUUAGGUUUAAUUUACUUAGGCUUAGUAGGCGUAGGCUUAGUAGGGGUAUGUUUAGGCUUAUGAACUUUUAGAACUUUAAAAAAUUUUUAAACUCUUACUUUUAGCCAUUUUUCGAUGACCCAGCCAAAGCCAACACCUUCCUGGGCACCCUGGACGCUCUGUUCAUGUUAUGUUAUUCAGGGGGUCUCUUACUAUGGGGUGGAAUCGGCGAUCGAUGGAAUCCAUUGAAGGUUGUUGUCAUCGGUAUGAUUGGAUCUGGUCUGUCACUUACGCUGUUCGGAACAUUACCAGUCGUAACACACUUUUACAAUGUCAUAUACUACAUCAUUAUAUAUGCGGUGUUUGGUGUGAUGCAGGGUGCUGGAUGGCCAAAUGAGGUUACUAUCAUGGUAAGGAGGUUUUUUGUUUUUGCUUGUUUUUUAGGUAAUAUUUUAGUAUUUAGUACUAUUUUUUGGUUUUUUAGGUAACAUUCUAUGAUUUUAGUACCGUUUUUGGGUAUUUUAGGUAACACUUUACAAUUUGGUACUACUUUUCGGUUAUUUUAGGUAACAUUUCACUAUUUUAGUACUACUUUUCGACGUUUUAGGUAACAUUUUGCUAUUUAGUACCACCUCAAGUCAUUUUUAGUCCACUAUCUACAAUUUACAACCAAUUUAGGUAAAAUUUUACAAUUUAGUAUCAUUUCAGGCCAACUGGUUCAAAAAGAACCGCGGUUUCGUGAUGGGCCUAUGGGCCGCGUGCCAGCCGGUUGGCAACAUCAUGGGUGCUCUUAUAGUAUCAAUGGUGGUACCACUAGGCUAUGAAUGGACAUUCCUCGUCAAUUCGGGUAUCAUCAUAGCCUUUGGCAUAAUUUUAUUGUUCUCAAUCGACAAUAAACCACCGGUCGAAAUGGAAGAAAGCAGUCCAGACCUGGAGGCUAGAGUGGAAGAGGUGUCACAUGAACCAAUUUCAAUGUGGAAAGCUCUGUUUCUGCCUAAUGUGUUACCUGUGAGUUGAGGAUUUUGUUAGUACUGUGUAGUAGUAAGAAAGGAGGAUUAGUACUGUAUAAUACUAAAAAGUAAAGUUUAGUACUAUAUAGUACGAGGGUUCAAUAUUGAUUUAUAGUACUAAGUAGUACUGCCAAAUCGUACUGAUAAUUACUGCAAUGGAUUUUUAGUGUUAUAUAGUAUGAGAUAGCAAUUUUAAUGUAUCGUACUAUAUAGUACGAAAAGUCAAGUUUUUGGUAAUGUUCAAUGCUAUAUAGUAUUGAAAAUGAUUUUUGAGUAUAGUACAUAUGUUUUAGUUUUGAUUUUUAGUACCAUAUGGUAAGAUAAUUCAAUUAGUACUACUGUUGGUACUAUAUAGUACUAAAUAUCGAAUUUUGUUGUACUUACUAUAUUUUAUUUAAAAUUGAUUUUUUAAAUUUUUUUGGUACUAAAAUCAACAUUUGGUGCUAUUUAGUACUAGUACUGAAAUUUAGUGCUAUGUAGUACUAGUACUAAAAAUUAUAAAUAUUAUUUUUUCAGUACUGUCUAUGUAACGCAUGCCUAAAAUUCGUAAACUACGCCUUCUUCUUCUGGCUUCCAUUCUACCUACAUCAGAACUUCCAAUGGGAUGAGAGUGUAGCCAACCAGCUGUCAGCGUGGUACGAUUUCGGCGGUAUUGUUGGCUCCGUUCUCGGUGGUAUCAUAUCAGUAAGUUUAUGAAGUAAAAUACGAGUUUUAUGAAUAAAAAUGUUUUUAAAACAUUAUAAAAUGGCUUUAGUAUCGAAAACGUGCCGAAAAUUUCAAGAAAUUUGAAAAAAAAUUUUGGCAAGAAAUUUAAAAUUUGAAUUUUUAAAAGUGCAAAUUUAAAUUUGAAAUUUUGUGUGUUGACUAAACAUGGUAGUAGUAUGCAGACUACAAAUUUUGAGCCUAUAUUUGUCAAGUGCUUCACUUUUUAUGGCUUUUUGAAUAUUUUGAAGCUGCAGCCUGCGGAUCGGUUUAUUUUGUAGGGCGUAAGCUGUGAAUCUUUAAAAAUAGAUUUUUGGUACAUAUGGUACUUUUAAUGAAAUAAAAGAAUGUUUCUUUAUUUUUUCAAAAAAAAAUUUUUUUUUGAAUAUUUUGAAAAAUAAAAUUUUUUUUAAAAUUUGAAAUUUCCAGGACAAACUUGGCCACCGCGCCCCAGUCAUCACUACAAUGUUAAUCGGCUCGGUCGGCCUAUUAUUCGCCUAUUCGGACGCGGGUCCGAACAAAUUCAUUAACAUUCUGUUGAUGACCUUCUUGGGUGUGACCAUUUCCGGGCCGUACAAUUUGAUUGUUGGUACGAUUUCCGUGGAUUUGGGCUCACAACCAGCACUGGCUGGUAAUCCAAAGGUAGGACUGGGGGUGUUUUUAAGGGUUUUGGGGGAGGUAGUGUACGAUAAGAUAUAAUGGAAUAUGGUGGGGAAGUGGAAAGUGUGGUAGGGUGCGAUACGAUAAGAUACAGUAGGAUCAGAUAACUGUAAUGUGAAGAAAGGGGGUUAUGGUACGAUCUGUUAGUAGGCACGGUGAUGUUAUGGUAGAUUUGUAAAAGGGCUGGGCCCAAUUUUUUGGCCAGAGAGGGUCUCCUAUUAGGUCUAGGGUAGGGUAUGGUAAGCUAUCGUAGGAUAAUAUAGGGUUGGGAUACACGUAGGAGUUGGAUAACUCAGGGUACGGCAGGGCAGGGUAAGAGGUUACAGUAAGUUAAGGCGGGGUAGAUCAGGGUAGGGUAUAGUAGGGUAGGGUACAGUAGAAUAGAGUAGGGUAGGGUAGGGUAGGGUACAGGGCCGGGCGGGGACCUUUGGUCUGGGGGCGGAGGUCCCUGUGCCGAUUUUUUGCGAAAUUUUUUUUCUGAAAAUCCACAGGGGGGGGACCACGUUCAAUUUUUUUUCAAAAAUUUUUUUCUGGGGGGAUCCCCCCCCCUCGUCCCCCCCCUCGCGUCCGGCCCUGGUAGGGUAGGUAGGGUAAAGUAGGGUAAGGCAUGAUAGUGGAGUGUAGAGUAGGGUAGAGAAAGCUAAGUUACAGUAAGAUGAGUAUAAUUUUUUAAUUUUAAAAUUUCAGGCCAUGUCUACAGUAACCGGUCUCGUGGACGCAUGUGGAUCUCUGGGCUCAGCCGUAGGCCAACUGUUCGUGCCAGUCGUUCAGAAUGGCUUGGGAUGGAAAUACGUCUUCUUCCUGUUCAUUAUCAUGGUAUGCUCGUCGUUGUGCUGUCUCUGUUGUACCAUACCUCAAGUCCGCGUUAGACUGUAUCCAAAACAUUUUGGAUCCGAAAAGAAAAUUGCGAAUGAUUUUGAAAUGAAAUAAUAAGCGAAACGAAAAAUAUUGUUUUUGAAAAACGGAUUUUGAAGUUUUUGGCUAAAAUUUUUGUUUUACUGCGGUUUUUUGUUGCUUUUUUAAUAUAAUUAUUGCGCGUUUUUAAGCCUAAAAAGUAACAUUUAAGUUUAUAAGAUACUUUUUAAGCCUAAACAGUUACGUUUUAGCUUACAAUAUCCUUUUAAAGCCUAAAAUUCAACAGUUAGGCUUAUAACAUCAGUUUCAACCUUAAUAUGUAACAUCUAAGUCUAUAGUUAAGCUUUAAGCCUAAAAUUGAUUUUUAAGCGUAAAGUUGACUUUUUAAAUCUAAGAUUCAUUUUUAAGCCUAAAAAUGACAUUUUAAUCUUAAAAUAUUCUUUUUGAGCCCAACAUUAAAUCUUUAAGUCUAAAAUUUAUUUUAAAGCCUAAGACUUUUUUAAGUAAAAAAAAAACUUUUAAGCCUAGAAUUUACUUUUUAAGCCUAAACUUGACUUUUAAGCCUAAAAUUAACUUUCGAAGCCUAAUAUUUUUUUUUAAUUUAAAAAAAGCCUUAAGCCUGACUCUGAAUGUUUAAUUCAUUUGUAAGUUUUAAAAUCUAUCGUUCUAUUAGGUUGAGCCAAAAGUAGCGGGACACUUUUAGUUAGAAAACAAAUAAAUAAUAUCCCGCUACUUCUGGUUCAACCGAAUAUCUUUUCAAGCCCAACUUUAAUUUUACUUUUAUUUAAACCACUAUCGAUUAAGUUCUUCGCUUUAAUUAUGCAAAUUUCAGAACUCCCUGUCGGUGGUGUGCUUGAUCCGACGCAGCGCUCUCGACGUGUACGACCUGUACCAAACGCGGCAACGACGACGCAGCGUGCUGGUGGAUGAAGGCGAGGACCAACCCCUCCUUUCUUAAUCUUUCUUUUCUUGUUUUAGUUUCGCCCAACCUAUCCAAGUGA